AGACAAUGGGAAUAUCGGAGAGCUUUGGUAUAUGAAGGAACUGGUGAAAGAAUUCGAUCUUUCUUUGAUAAAGCAAAGAAAAGACGACCUUUUACAGUUUCUGUCAUUGGUGGUAGUGUAUCAAAAGGUAGAGGUUUGACCCCUCCAUCUCAUCUUACUUCACACUCCAGACGUCAAGCAGCAGAAGAAGCCUCAGAACCUUUCACUCCGCCAUUAGGUGCCAAUACCCUUUAUUCCCCUGAGAACAUGCAUGUCCUCAUUUUCGAUUGGCUUAACUUUACUUUUCCUCAUCCGGGUAAUCGAUUGAUCAAUGGGGCUCAAGGAGGGGUGGGGGCUGGUUAUUUUGGAUGGUGUUUUAAAGAACACAUUCCCGACGAUUCAGAUCUAGUCUUACUCGAACUCGGUAUAAAUGAUCUUCUUGAUUUAGACAUCAUUGAAUCGUAUGAACAUCUAAUAAGGAGUAUACUCCAAUUAGAAUCAAGACCUGCUAUAAUAAAUAUCGAAACUCUCACUCUUCUUUUCCCUACCCUUCUACAAUCUUCUUCCCUACAUCAAGACGUUUUAUCAUAUUAUGACAUUCCUUCCUUAUCCAUCCGAGAUGUUCUACUUCCUCGAAUCAACGAAGCCCCAGAUGAAGAACUUCCAAAAUGGUUCCGAACUGGCUCAGAUGUACAUUUAGGAGAUUCCAAAGUCCGCGAAUGGGGUGGAAUCCCCGUAGAUUUGAUGCAUAUUUCAGCUCUGGGACAUGCACUGGCAGCAAGUUUAGUCAUUCGAUAUCUUACUGGUCAAAUGCACCCAAGCUCCAAUUGGACCCCUUUCAGAACUAUCAUACCUCAAAAAUCUUCUGCCGUAUCGAGAAUAUCUGAUAUUCCUAUGACAUCUUUGACAUCACCUUUCGAUCCACUUUCUUCACCACCGAUUAGACAACCUCAUUGUCGUUCGCUCAACUCUGCUAAAUUACAUAAACCAGUGGUGAAUGGGAUUGCUGAUCCGACUUUACCACGAGUUCCAGGAGUUCAACCGAGUUCUUCAACUCAUGGGUGGGAACUCUGGGCAUGGGAAGAAAAACAUUAUUAUGUCGCCCGUACACCCGGUGCUAAACUCACAGUCGACUUUAUAGUCCCUCAUCCUAUGCUUGCCCUACCUCCUUCCCCCCCUCAAAUCCCCACCGACCCACAGUCCAGUGGGGAUUAUCAAGAAGAUGAAUUAGGUCUUCCUGAUAUUAUCGAACGUGAUACUCCCGAAUUACAUUAUAUUGGCGGUGGAGUAGGUAUAGCUUAUCAGAGAAGUGCUAUUUUAGGUCUUGGGAGUGUGAGAUGUUGGAUUGAUAAUGAUGAAGAAAAUCAAGAAGUGGUUGAUGGUUGGUGGUCUAUUGAGGAAAGGAAUAUGGGCAUGGUAACACAAAUUGCCGAUGGUUUAGAACCUGGUCAUCAUUCACUUUCUUGUGAAUUACUACAACAUACACUUGAUCCAGGAGGAGGACACGAAUUCCGUCUUUUCGCAAUAAUGUAUGAUUAA